CCAGGAGGAAGUAGGGCGCGGAAGGCCGAGGGUUAAGCGCCCCGAUGCUGAUGUAAACAGUGGUGCUGUCAUGAGUGGUUGAACGUGUGUAUCGUGUAAUUGCCCCAUUUUGGAGGCUAUUCUGCGACUAAUAUGGAAGAAAAAGAUAGAGAUCCAGCUGCUCUCCAUGUCAUCGUUGUGGGAUUUCAUCACAAGAAAGGGAUGCAGGUGGAGUAUGCAUACCCACCAUUAUCCGAGAGUGAUGAUUGUGAGCUGCCUGACUUGUGGCGCCACUUGCCAUCCCUCUGCCUCCCUGACGGUGCCCACAAUCAUGAAGCAGAUACUGUCUUCUUCCACUUGCCACAUCUCACAAAGCCAGACCAGACCGUGUAUGGAGUGUCCUGCUACAGACAGAUUGAUGCCGAGAAAAUCACAAACAAAAGUGCAGACAUUACCCGCAAUACUGUGCAGAAAUCUGUGUGUGUUCUGAGUACACUUCCCAUAUAUGGAUAUAUACAGGAACGUCUACAAGUUACAACAAAGGUUUAUUUCAAAGGAGCAGACUUUUCAGAUGUGCAGGACUUGAAGGGAUUGUAUCAGGAUCUCAAUUCUACAAACUGGAGGGACAAGCUGGCUCAUGUUGAUCAUGAGGAUAAAUAUGGUGUGUUUGUAUCUGAUGCCGUGAGGGUGUUUGGCCGAAACAUCUUGGUCCUGUUCAAGUUGAUACUAUUGGAGAAGCGAGUGUUGUUUUACCACAGUCCUGUGGGUCCACUUGUGCGCACCAUCACUUCCCUCAUGGCUCUUUUUCCUGACAACUUCCCCAACGGCUUGGCUCAUGCUGCUUCAAUGAGAAAAGUUCGAGCUUUUCUUCCUACAUGUGAUGACACUGACAGGUCACGAGGUCUUCUGGGCCUAGCCCCACUACUGCCCAACCCAACUGAAGCUGAUUAUAAGGAUGUGUGUUAUGCUGAAGAUGCUCUGACAACUGGGGUUGGCAGUAAUGAAGCAGAUUGCAAUGUGGAGGAAAUUGAAACAGAUAACAUUGAAAAAUGUGGUGUUGCUGCUGAAGACACCACUGAGACAAUGCAAGUAACAGAUAUUGCUAAGGAAGCAGAUCCAAGUGAAAGCAACUUGAUCCUGAGAAGCAAUAAAAUAGAAGAAGAGUCUGAACCAAGCAAGAUCAUUAAUGUUACCAAUGAAGAUAGCAUGCAUCAUGUUGAGCUGUCUACUGACUCUGCUUUGUCAGCAAGUGACGAUCUAAGUGAAAGGCGCAGCAGCAACUCGAGCCUCACUUCUGUCACCUCCCGAGGUUCCAUCAUGUCUCCUCCUGAAUUUAAUGGAGCAGCUGCACCCACCACUGCUGCAAACAUUACCACCAAAAUGGUUAACCUGAAGGGUAAAUUGAGUGGAGCCUUCAGCUACUGGACAGGAAAGGAAAAGUCUCCACCACAGGAAAAACCAUCUGCAACUGCCACUCCAAAUCCAUCACCAAGUGAACCAGGGGAUGAUGUUCCCCUCUCCCCCACCACUGGAGGCUCACUCUCCCAAGAUUCUGCACUUACUGAAACUGAUUCUUCUGUUAACUUUUGUCAGUCUCCUCCAGAAAAGUUUGCAGCUCUUGUUCCAUCAGAUUGUGGUUUGCCCCUUGAAAUCUUUACCAAAGGGAACUUGCUUCAUCCUUACCUCUCAUUACAAUAUCUAGAUGUCCUGAGUGCUCCUACAACCCGAGCUUUCCUUGUUGGAGCUUCAAACACUCUCUUCAUUCAUAAGAGGCCUCUUUAUGAUGUACUUGUUCAACUAGAGGAGGGAAAGAUAGAAAUCCCAGAUCCUGAUCUGAAGCGACAACUAAGCCUUUCUAUGGAAGAUCUUCGUUUUGCAGAAAAUAUUGUUCGUCAGGUUGAGGCUGUCAGUGCAACUUUGAAUACAAACAAAGCUCCAAAUGGUACACAUCCUACUAUCAACCAUCCUGAUGUGUUCCUUGAGGGAGUUGGUUGGGUUGGUGGAGAGGAAUGGCUCCGCUACCAGUUUAAAGUUUAUCUGUUAUCUCUUUUGCGAUCAUCUGUCUGCCCAGAGGGAAGUAGAGAGUAUGAAGUCUUCAAUGGAAACUUCAUGACAGCUUGGAAAGGCACACACAAUUUCCGUGUUUGGGUAGCAUCUGGUCCCUAUACCUCACUGAUGGAACUAACACCAGGCCAUCCACAUGCCGGUCACCUCUCCAUGACAGACAUGAGGAUAAGGCUUUCACACACUAUUCAAGGCCUUGACAAAAGUCGACGCAUAAAUCAAACACUCGCCACAACUGGUACAGCUGUGGUUAAGACAAAGGAAGCUGUUGGCGGAGCCCUCACUUCUGCACGAGGUGCCAUCAGUCAUUUGUGGUCAUCAUUUACAACCACAAACAAUAGCACAACUACUGUUGAUUGUCCAUUGGCUGAGUCAGCCAUGGAGGUCACUGAAAUACAAUGUAUUGAUGCACAAGACCAGUCUGAUGCAAUGCCAGCAACAGAGGAAGCAGCCAAAUCAGUAAAUGAAGACAAGCCUGAGGAAGGCACAGACAUCACUUUGGGAGAGUCUGCUCUACCAUCAGAUGUAGCAGCAACACAGUAGCCAAGUGUAAUUUUGUAUGUGCACAAUUCUCAUAGUCUUAAUUUGUUCUGAAUAUAUUUUAAGGUAAGUAUAGUCUCACAUCCAAGAAAUAUCAAUCAUGCCAUUAUUUAUUAUUUUCCAGAGUAAUAUUGUAUAUAUUUCAAGACUAUGAAUACUAUAGCAUACAUGUAUUAUUUAUAUACAUAAGCAAAUAGUUUUUAUUUAUUUAGUUUUAUUUCAUUAUUUUUCUAAGGGGCUCCUGGACUUACUGAUAUAGCUAUUUUGUAUAUUAUGAGUUAGGGUAAAGAGAAAUAUAGGAUGAUAAGUCAUCUGCCUUGAAUUUUGUUAGAGAAUGUUUUCAGGUUCUCAGGCAAUUUAUCAUGUGUAAUUAAUUGGUGACUGCACUAGACUGAUAAACUGAAUACCAUUGCCCUUUGUUUCUCUCUUUCUAACAAUUUCUAAGUAGUUCCUCAUGUUGAGGGAUGACAGUAACAUUACUUCCUCUUUUGUAUGAUUAUGUCAUGACAUUCAAAAGAAAGAUUUUCACAUUUAGAGUACUUGAUCCUAAAAUAUUUGAUAUGGAAGGAAAUCAAAAGGAGAUUAUAAAUAAUAUUUUGGUAUUUUAUUAUUGUCAAAAUAUAUCAGAACCUUUUCCUGAUAUAUGCAGUUUAAUGUCUUGAAACAAAAAUCAUGAGACAUUUGUUACUUCUUCAGUUCAUGUAAGGAAAGAUUCAUCAUUUUGUUGAUCACUGUGUACUGUACCCAUGAUAUGCUAAUCUAGAAUCCCAUUUAGCCAAACCCAAUUACUCCCCUUAUCAAAUUUUCUUCAAUUACUUAUUGGAUAAAUGGACUAAGAAUGAGGAAAAUUCCUGAUUAGAUCACUCACACAUCAUCUGGUAGAUUGUUGCUUAACCAUGCAUAUUUAUCAUAUCUACAAACAUCCUGUCCACUUACUUGUUUCACCUGAUUAAUACUGUGCCAUAAGUACUAUUCAUAAUAAAAUGAACCAGAAAACUUUAAGAAAUAACAAGAGGCAACAAUUAAAUGAUUGAUGUUAAGACUUAACAUUAACUAUAGGAGGAACUGAAUACUUAUACAUAAAGAUCUGUAUAGGUAUUGAAAUACAACUACAUAAGUAUAGCUCAGGCCUUGUACACUAUGACUACAACUACUUAAAUGCACACACACACACACGUGUGCACACACACACACACACACACACACACACACACACACACACACACACACACACACACACACACACACAUCUGGAAUGGAUUGAGUGAAGAGAUUGUAGCAGAAGAAUGUGUGCACAAAUUUAACGAAAAGUUGGAUAAAAGUAGAUAUGGAGACAGGUCACUGUUACCCCCACUUGAAGCCUGUAAUAUACAGUUAGAUAAAUAGACACACACACACACACACACACACACACACACACACACACACACACACACACACACACACACACACACACACACACACACACACACACACACACACACACACACACACACACACAAAAGGUUGUGUGGAUGUCAGGACAGCUAGUAACUAUUGCUCUAUAGAUAUGUUGCGGAGUCCUUCUCUCAUUAACGUUUUGACACUCAUGUCGACUGCUGUCAUCCCUCAUAUGAAUUCUAUUUCAGAACAUUCCUUUUUGAUAAGUAUAAUAUAAAAGUUUAAUACUGUAUUUUAUUUAAAGAAAUCUAAAGUAACAUGUACAGUAUAUCAGUAAUAAGCUUCCUUCUCUGAAAAUAUCAUAUAGUAUCUUUAAUUUCACUAGUAUUUUGAUGAAAGUACCCUUUUAGACAUUAAAAUGUUCAAAAAGUAACAGAUAAUUAGAAAACAUUGAAAAUUGCCUUCUCUUAGCUUGAUUUUUUUUUUUUUUUAUACUUAAGCUGACAAUAAUGUAUCCAUCACAUCAAUUUAGUAUAGUCAUCCAUUAAUGUCAAUUGCUUGUAUUAUUGAUGUAUAAGUAAAUGAUGAUAGCAAUUAGCCAUACUUAAUUAUUACUUUUUUUAUAAAGAAAAUUCACUGCCCAUAUGAUGACAAAGAUAUUCAUGUACAUUAACAAAUAUUGCACUCUUAGUGGAUAUGUACUUGUGUAUAAGCUUCACUAGUCAUUCCAGCAUUAGAACUAAAUAAGUAACCAUUCCAUUCCUUUUAUUGAGUCUAGUCAGGUAUGAAUAAUUGCUGUAAGAAAUAUAUAGAGAGUAUUGUUAAGAUAUUUCAUCAUGUGCAGUACUAGACAAAAACUGCUAAAUAAACUUUAUUUCAUCAAACAAUGCUAUGACAAAAAAGUUAGGUAAGAAACUUUUGUGGUCCAUACAUAUCCUGAGCAAAAAUUUGUACUUAGUAGGCAGAUUUAUUAUUUAAUCAUUGUACAUUUUUAUAAGACAAAUAUAGCAUUAUAUAUAUAUAUAUAUAUAUAUAUAUAUAUAUAUAUAUAUAUAUAUAUAUAUAUAUAUAUAUAUAUAUAUAUAUAUAUAUAUGCUGACUCAAGAAUGCAUAUAGAUACAUGUAUUUGUACAAAAACUCAGAUUUUUGCUUGAGUGUUACUUCUCUCGUCUAAUAUUAUUACAUUCAAGGGUAAAAUUCUAUAUAUUUGAUUACAGAAAAGCAAUUAAGAGUAUUUAUAAACUAUCAUGAAAACAGUAUAGAAAUGUCUGUAAGUAGUUCAUUGAUUUGACUAUUUUUUACAAUUACAUCCUGCUGUUUUCGGUGUUUCUGUUGUGCUUCCAAAUGUGUUAAUAUACCAGUCAUAUUCCUGAA